CGUGGACGUGCAUAGCGAAGACACAGAAAAAUAAAUAUGCUUUUAAUGAGGGGAUCCACCUUUAGGGUUGGGGGCCGACCACUGAGGCUGAGUCCCCCAAAUUCCACUUUCAUAACAUUUCUAGGGGAGCCACGACACGUAACUCAGUGUUAUGAUCCUUUAAAGUUUAUACAAUGACUAUUCCUCGUAGCUUAAGAGAUGAACAUACACCUAACUGGUUGAGUUACGCUACAGCCUCCCAGAUCAAUAUAUUACGAGGACAAAUGAAAACAAAUCAGGAAUACAAUUUCCACUUAUGACUAAUUAAGUUGCUCGUGGCUCACAAAAUGAAAUCAAUCAGACGUGAAAAUGUUAGUUCAGGUCACUAAAUUUAAUCAUGAGACGCAGACCUUAAAUGACGGGAGGGCGGGGAGGAGUCACUUGUGUGAGGGACGCUUCUCCUGCCACUCUGACUGCAGUCGCCACCAUGAACACCGCCGCCACCGUGACUGCUGCCGCAACCAUACUCAUAGCCGCCAUAGGCAUGACCGCCGGUGCCACCAACAUGACCGCCGGUGCCACCAACAUGACCACCGGUGCCACCAACUCAUCUUCUUGUCUCAAAGUUUGCGAUAUGAUACACUUUCCGCGCCUGACUAUAGAAGACACCACAAGACCUUACACGGUCCACGGGCCCAUUUAUGAAGUACUGAAAAUAUUAACAAGUAAACUCAAUACGUGCUACGAGUGGGUGUUCUCAGACUUAGUCACUGCAGGAUUCCAGCAGCCUAAUGGUACUUGGCUAGGCGUUAUGCUAUCUUAUCCGCCAG